AUGGACGCGAAGACGGACGCGGCUAUAGCUACACCGACUCUGCCGGUUCGUCAGUCCGCGCGGGGCCGAAGCGCCCGGGAAAGGAUUUCGUCGGGCUUCUGCUGCUCGUGCACGUGCAUGCUAGCUAGCCACCCAAAUUUCUUUUAAAUUUUUUUUCGAAGACACCCUCGACGGCUCGCGUCGCCUCGUCAAGGCUACAUCUUUGAAGUCGAAACAUUUUGAACCAUACAGCUUGAUUUUGGACUGAAAUAUUGAUAAUUAGAAAUAGAUCUGAAAAGCUAUUAAGAUGGAGAAUUUCAUCCUGUACGAUGAGAUUCGACAGACUGAAACCUCCACCAUGUACAAAGGUAGGAGGAAGGGGUCAGUGAACUUUGUGGCCAUCCAUUGUAUUGAUAAAGCAAGAAGGUCAGAGGUCACCAACCGGGUCAGAUUAACCCAUGAAUUGAGUCAUCCCAACGUGGUAGAGUUCUACGAGUGGUACGAAACGACCAAUCACCUAUGGCUAAUUGUGGAGCUCUGUACAGGUGGUAGUCUCGAGCACAUCUUGUCACAAGAUGGCCAUUUUCCAGAACAAGCUGUUCGUGACUUUGGAUUGGAUCUUGUGAGAGGACUUCAUUACAUUCAUUCUGUUGGAAUGCUCUUUUCAGACUUUAAACCAAGCAAGAUAUUGGUGGAUAGUUCAGGAUCACUGAAGUAUGAUGACUUUAGCUUAGCUCGUCUGGAAGAGGAGAACUUGGAAGACAUAUUUGAUAUGACGUCACCAGAGGGCACCUCUGACCAAACUAAGCAGGAUGAUGAAGGAACAAACAAAAGUACCUUAGGUUGCCCAAAUUAUCUUGCCCCAGAGGUUUUACAAGGACAGCCUCACAGCAUUGCAACUGAUCUUUGGGCAUUAGGCUGCCUCCUAUAUGAGAUGUACACAGGCAACCCUCCUUUCCAGGCUGAGGAGUUUUCCAAACUAGUGGAACAGAUUCUCACCAAAGACUAUCCUACACCAAAGGUUAAAGGACCAAGACUGGCUACUAAACCUACUCCAGAUUUCUGCAGUCUCAUCAAAGUCUUGUUGACAAAAGAUCCCACAAGAAGGGCGACAUGGCAUGAAUUGGUCAUCCAUCCCUUCUGGCAUGGUCAACUGCAGGUCGAUGACGGUACCAAGAAAUCUCUUGCUGAUGAUAUGGCAAAGAGUCAUACUAGUUUGACGUCACAUACUCCUCAUGAAAUGAAGAAUGUAACACUUGUGACACUGUCUACUGAGGGUCGACCAGUGUCAUCAAUGAAAAUACCUGACAACCUUAUGAAAGCUUCACUCCAUUCCAACAGACCUGAGUCAAGGCCUCAGAGCUCUCCGGACACAGCAAAGAAAGAUCCACACUUCUUAUUGAGCUCAAGACCAAGGACAUCUCCAGCAGUACCUCCAGAAGAGCCUCUGGAGGAACCACCUCCUACCAGAAAGAAAAGCGGCAAGAGGAGGAAGAGUGAUGGUGGUGUGAAGAGCAGGAGUAGAUAUCAGCAAGAGAGGAAGAUCUCCCAUGAGGACAGUCUUGAUGUUGACGUCAGCAUCUUCACUCAGUGGGAUCUCUCUGUCUCCCCCAUCAUUGAUAAUCCAAAGAUUCAGAAGCCAGCAUCUCUGAAGUUUGAAUCACGUAGCAUGGGCAUUCCUGUUCACAGCAAUGAUAAGCUCUUGAAGAUGACAGACACUGCUCUUCAGAUCUACCUUGGUAACAUCACCGAGUCCUUAGCUAGCAAGAGUGGGGACAAGUCAGCAGGGACCCAGAGAACUAAACUUCAACUACUCAACUACGUGGGAACUAUCUGUGGGACAGGAGUCGUUGCUAGAGCGAUUGCUGUAUCAAAACUGAUUCCCUGCAUGAUAAAUCUUUUAAAGCCAUCACAACCCCUUGAAAUACGAUGCCGAUGUGGCAGGGUGUUUGGCCUACUUGCUCAAAAUCUUGAUGAAUUGUCAGAGGAUUUCCCUCUAACUGAGAUCAUCACAGCACUAACAGAAGUUCUACGAGAUAACAAUCGUAACGCCAAGCUAAAGCAGAGUAUGGUCCCAGCUAUUGGAGAACUGUUGUUCCUGGCAGCUACCCAUGAUCAAGACGAGGCAUCGAACCCUUCAAACGUACCUGCCCUGGUCUACACCAUGAUCUCUAGGUGCCUUAGAGAAGGGGAGGAUGCAAUUGUGCAACACUUUGCAGCCAAGGUGAUAGAGAAUGUUGCAGCAACAAACAGCGUCCAUGGUGAGAAACUAUCCAGCAACGAGAUAGGACAUCUUCUGUGGCAGCUCUUUACACACUCUAUGGCCGACACACCCAAGAUAUGUGCCAUUUCAGCUCUAUGUAGAAUUUGCCGUCAUUCGGUCAGCAUCUUUCAGAGUAUUCUGGACAAGGUUGGGUUGCCCAAGGUAUUGGAAGGGCUAGCGGUCAAUAUCAGCCGUGUCCAGCAAGCACUGGUCACCAUGUUCGGUCAUCUAUUGACCGAAGGAUCACACGUUCAAAGAAUAACCCAAGAUAAGGAGUUUUGCUUGCACGUAAUGAAGUUGGUGGAGAGUCCGUCGGUGCUAAUCCGUGCCAAAGCUCUCCUUGUUGUUCUUGAAAUCAUCAAGGUUAGCCCAGAAAUGAUCAUGGCGUGCUGUCAGGCAAGGUUGAUAACUUACAUGGAGCGAGACAUCCGUCAACAGAUGAGCAGAGGCAAGGUGGAUAGUCAGGCCCAAUGGAAGUAUAUGGACCAAUGUCUCACCCUUCUCGCUGAUCAUCUGGUCAACCUGCUCCCUCAAAUAUUAGGUGAUGCUGAGAGUAGUUUAGCUGCAGUAUCAGGUCGGAAGCAUCCCUCUACAAUACAAGCUAAACAGCUCAAAGGAAGUCUACCUCUGGUCUCAUUGGCUCUACAUCUUAUUACAAGUCAGGUUUUCAGGCCAAGAAUUGUUGGUGAGAGGUUUUUGUCCAAUAUUGGUGCCCUACUGACUCAUGUCAAAUCAAUGGAUUGUGGAGAAACAAACAUAGAACCUGCAAUAGGGAUGUUAGGCAUCGUGGAGUUCAACAAUAUUAUCCUGUCCAUUCUGGAAGCAGUCACUCAGCAUCCAUCAAUCCUAAUGGAGCAUCAUAUAGAGGUUAUUGAUAGUAUCCUCAAUCCUCUAGCUACUCUGGUCGCAAGUAGAAACGAUGAGACCCGUAUGUUCUGUGUGCGUCUGUUCGCUGAGAUCAUCUGCUUGUUCCUAAACCAUGACAACCUUACAGAGAAUGGAGCCAUCACAAACCCGCAGCUUCUGACUGACAUCACGUCACAGAUUCUACCUAGUCUCCAGCAGCUUCUCGUCGAUGCCGAUCCUCUACCACUUUAUGCACUCAAACUCAUACUAGCUCUCAUUGAAACAAGCCCCGCCUUCAUCAGAAAAAUGGAAGAACUGGAGCUCGUACCGGUGCUAUUUCAAGUACUGAUAGAUCAUAGGAACAGUCCCACAUGUAGCACCAUACGUUAUGUUAUCUCAGUGUUAAACUGUAUGUUAGCAGAUACCAACACAGACAUGCAAGGCCUUUAUGAUCAAGGUAUUCAGGAUCACAUCAGCAUUCUUUUUGAAGACGUCCAGCGGAUGUACCUAUCAGCGGAGGACACCAAGGUGGAUUCCAAGUCACUGACCCUUCUUAUGACGGGUCUUCUUGAUCUUCUACAUACCUUGCUCAAACACAUCGCAUGCAUCGUCAGGAGUGUACUACAGGCCAAAAAGUCUGGUAGUAGCGCAGACACACAGGGAGCGGAGAGAAUACUGAUGGCAAACAAACCCUUGGUCAACUGUAGUCUCAUCAUUAUUAGACUGCUUUGUCACAAGGAUAAAGAGAUCCAUACGACGGCCUGUGAGUGUCUCUCCCUGAUUGGUCAGCUGUAUGGAGGGGAAUACCCUACGUCAUUCUCAUCCGAUAACUCACAAGCCAUGGCUAAAGCUCUCCAGACCUUUGAUACCAAGAGACAAAAACUGAUCCUCAGAUACAUCAAGAGAGUGGUAUCAACAGAGACACACCAUAUAGAGCAUCUUAACACCGAGGGCACCGUUUUGAUAGAAGCAUUAGUGCGUAUGAGACAGACGGCAAGCUCACAUGCUGAUGUGGCAGUCUCUUCUCUUGCAGCGGAUAUCCUCAGGGUUGUGGGUGUACAAUAAAAACAUGAACACUGAUAGCGCAGUUUUGAUAGAGGCAUUUAUAGUGCACAUAAGACAAAAAGCAAGCUCACAUGCUGAUGUAGUAAUUUCUUCUCUUGCAGCCGAUAUCCUGAGGGUCGUUGGUGUACAGUAAAUAAUGAACACUGAGGGCACUGAUUUGAUAGAAGCAUUAGUGCGUAUGAGACAGACGGCAAGCUCACAUGCUGAUGUAGCAGUCUCUUCUCUUGCAGCAGAUAUCCUGAGGGUUGUUGGUGUACAAUAAAAACAUGAACACUGAUAGCGCAGUUUUGAUUGGGGCAUUGGUGCAUACGAGACAGAAAGCAAGCUGACAUGCUGAUGUAGUGGUCUCUUCUCUUGCAGCGGAUAUCCUCGGCUUGUUGGUGUACAGAAAAGGCAUGAACUCUGAAGGUGCUAGAGACAGACGCCAAGCUUACAUACUGAUGUAGUGUUUUAUUCUCUUGCAGCAGAUAUCCUGAUGGUUGUUGGUGUACUAUCAAAGAAUGAACACUGAUGGCACUGCUUUGAUAGAAGCAUUAAACUGUAUGAGACAGACGGCAAGCUCACAUGCUAAUGUCGCUGUCUCUUCUCUUUCAGCAGAUGUCCUGAGGGUUGUGGGUGUACAAUAAAGGCAUGAUCACUGGAGGUGCUGUUUAGAUAGAAGCGUUAGUUCCUAUUAGACAGACGACAAGCUCACAUGCUGAUGUAGUGGUAUCUUUCAGGGGUUAGGGACACCCAAGUCAUAAUAUAAUGGGGUUGUGCCUCACAAAACUUCGUAAUGGGGUCCAAGGAACUGGCUACUAUAUAUGAAUAAAAUAUAUUUUUUGAGGAAUAUGUUACAUAAUGGGGGUCUUUGGUUAUGGCCAACAUUUUUCCUUUUUACUGUACAAUAUGGUUUUGCUCACCAAAUCACCAUUCCCAAGGCUGGUAUGCAUAUGAUUAAAUAUGUUUUCUUUUUAUUGUCUCUUCAUAUUUUUUGGCUUUUUUUGCUAUUUUGUUUCUGACGUUUGUUUCUGUAAUGGUUUAUUGUAGUGGUUGAUGUCAGUGAUUUCCAGCUUGUUUGAGUGCUAAUGCUAGCCGUGCUGCUAAAACCUUGUAUAUCAAAAUAUAAAAUGCAAGAUUUUUAGAAUUGUUGACAUUCAUGUAAGUAGCAACCUUCUUAUUCCUAGAAAGAGUUCUUGGUAGGAAUUAGAAGACUGUUUUCGAACAACAUAAGGUUGCCACCAUUAUCAUAGUUCUAAUAAACAGUUUAUCUGAGCUGAUAUCUUCAAAAUAAAAAAUAAAAAAAUACUUGCAUUUCAUAAUGAAAUUCAGAGGGUAGUAAGAUGGGAGAUGACUUUUUGCAAUAAUUUGAAAAAGUGUAUGAUUUAUUGUUGAUCACAAACUGAUCUACUGUACAGUCAUAUAUACAUUGUUGAAUAUGUGUAAGAUAGUAUUUGCAAGAAAGUACUAUUGUAUUCCCUUUGAAUCUUAUUUCCCAAAGUAGGUUCUCUGCAUUGGGUUGUUGUCGGUUAUAGAGGAAAUUUUUUCCCAUUCAACCAUUAGCCGCCUCUUUGGCACAGAAAAAUAAAUCGGUGAUUACACUUUGCCUUUUCAACUUGCCUUCAAUAUAUCUUAAUAAAAACCAUGUAGGAUGGUUAUUUUGUAUCCAUAGAUGUAUUAAAGUGUUGCAGUACUAAUUUAUUUAUGGAUUGUUUUAUAUGUUAUUGAUAUGCAUUUGGGGUGUAUAAUACAUAUUUAUGAUGAAAAUGUAGAUAAUCUUCAUUGGAGUCGUGUGAAUAUAUUUGCAAAAUUGAAUUAGAGCAGUGUUAAAAUAAGUAAAUAAAAUAUACAAGGAAACGUAGCUAAAUACGUUUUCCCUGAAACAAAUAAUUGAA